AUGAGAGGCAGCCUGGUCCUCGAGAGCCUCCUGCGCACCACCCGCGUGCGCCGCGUGUACGUGCUGCUGCGCGGCAAGCGCGGCUGCGGCGCGCAGGAGCGGUGCGACGGGCUGCUGCAGGGGCCGAUUUUCCACAUGGUGCGAGACAAGCCAGAGCUCCUGAGCAAGGUCGUCGCCCUGCCGGGCGACCUCGGGCGGCCCCGCCUCGGCCUCUCAACUUCGGAGGUCGACGCCCUGGCGUCCGAGGUUGACAUCAUCAUCCACGCCGCCGCGGACAUCCGCCUAGAGGCGCCGAUCCAGGAGACGCUGCGCGCCAACUACAUGGGCACGCGGCGCGUGCUGGAGCUUGCGACGCAGCUGCCUAGGCUGCGCUCCAUGGUACACGUCAGCACUGCUUACGUCAACAUAAACCACCCCCACGGCGCCACCGUGCGGGAGCGGAUAUACCCCCUGAUGCACGGGGAGGUGGAGGCGGAUGGGGAGCGCAUCGCAGAGGAGCUCCUCGCCCUGCCCCCAGUGCUGGCCGAGCGCCGCUCCGACUUCUACCGCCACCACUUCGGUUUCCCCAACACCUACUGCCUGGGAAAGCACCUGGCAGAACAGAUGGUGGCGCGCGCCAAGGCGGCGGCGGGGCUGCCGGUCGCGGUCGUGCGGCCGUCGCUGGUCACUGGGGUCGCGGGGCUGCCCUGGGCGGGGCACAUCGGAAACUACGCCGGGCUGUCAGGCAUGGGCGCCGCCACCGCCCUCGGCUUCUUCCCGGCGGCCUCUGCCUACGCCGUCAACCCCCACAGCGUGUGGGACGCGGUCCCCGGGGACCUCGUGGCGAGCGCAAUCCUCGCCACCGCCGCCGCCGUCGCGGCGGGGCUGGCCCCCGCGAUCGCGGCCGCCGCGGCCGGCGGCGCACGUGCAGAGGCGGCGGCGCCUUGGCGCCUGACUGAGGACGGCGCCGCGGGCGCGGCCAAGGCGCUGCACGGCGCGCCUCGCGUCGCGCGGCGCGUGAGCGACUCAGGCUUCUCCGACGACUCGGCCAUUAUUGUCGCGCCGCCCCGCGGCCCCCCCAGCGCCAAUGCGCUGGACGAUGGCGCGAGCACCGCGCACCCCUCGUGCCCGCCCUCGGCGAAUGACACCGGGCUGCUUUUUGACUCUGCGGCGCUGCAGCAGCUGCAUGCGCGCGUGGAGCCCAGUGAGCGCCUUGACUACCUCCUCACCUUUGGCCCUCCCCGCGCCGAGGGCGUCGGGCCGGAGGCGUGGGCGGCAGCGGCUGGGCCUGGGGCCAGUGGGGUUGGGGGGGAUGAGAUUUACGAGCACCCGGCCGCCAGGAUGGGGUGGAGGCGGUACGCCAUGAACUGCAUGGCAGGGAUAAUGCACAUGAUGACAGGAGCCACGCCCCCCAGGGUGGCCCAGGUCCCCGACCGCCCCGGUGAGGUUAUCGAGCACGACUACAAGCACAUCCGCUGA